CGUGAUCGCGAUCCUGCUACUGUAGAAGAUCUUGUACUGGAUGGAUGCGAAAGUGCCGAAAUUGAGGGCAUCACCGAUAAACUCAUAAACCUUCAAAGUUUGAGUAUGGUUCACGUUGGCUUGCAAAGCCUCAAGAACCUUCCAAAGCUGCCACAGCUGAGUAAGUUGGAUAUCUCAGACAACAGCAUCGCUGGUGGGCUUGAGCAUGUGGCCAACAACUGUCCGGAACUGCUUCAUCUCAAUCUUGCCUCAAACAAAAUUGGAAAAGUGGAGGAUCUGGCACCCUUGAAAAAACUUAAACUGGCCGAGUUGGAUCUGUUCAACAACCCGGUAACAGAAGGGGCGGCAGAAAGUGAAUACAGAUCCAAAGUAUUCGAAGCAAUUCCAUCUUUGCAAAUUCUCGAUGGAGCCGAUAUAAAUGGCGAAGAGGUUGAUGAUUCGCUCGAUGGAGAGGAUGAUUUGGGUGAUGAAGAUAGUGGAGACGAGUCUGGCUCUGACAUUGAUGGACCUGGAUUGAGCUAUUUGGACAACAGCCAACUCGUAAGUUUGAAUAUUCUCUUGAUACAAAACUAA